CCGCACAUUCAUCACACUGUAUUUUUUUUUAGUUUUUUGUACUGCAAACACUUUAUUUAAAUUAUUUUAUCUCCAAUGCGCUUGCUCUCUCCCAGCUUGCUUCCCAGCGCCGCUGCAUUGGCCCUGCUUAUGGCUGCACAUGCCAAACAAGUCUACGAGUAUUGGGAUAUUGGCUACCUAAUCACCAACCGUGGAAUACCCAACUUGGAAUCCAAGAAGGCCAUCGGAGUAAACAACCAUUUCCCGCUGCCCGUUGUUCGCGCUGACAAGGGCGACACUCUUAUUCUCAACGUCCACAACUCGCUUGACGUGGGCACCUCCCUGCACGCACACGGUCUCUUCCAGCGCGGCACCAACUACUACGAUGGCGUGCCCAUGACCACCGCAUGCCCGAUUGCACCUGGAACCAACUUUACGUAUUACAUUCCGCUGGACCAGGCAGGGACAUACUGGAUCCACGGACACUCUAAGGAACAGAACUUUGAUGGCCUACGCACUCCCCUGAUCAUCAAUGAGCCCGAGGAUCCGCACAACAAAAUCGAUGAGGAGUUUUUGUUUACCUUCGAGGAUUGGUGGCCGAUCACCUUUGAGCAAAGCAUGGAUAUUAUCGCAGCGCCCCACGGUCUUGAAUAUAUAUUCGGGAAGCUGCCUGGGGCGCUGAUCAACGGCUAUGAUGGGGCACUGGCGAGACCGCUGGCGUUUCAACCGGGAAAAACAUACCGCAUCCGCUUAGUCAAUAUGGCCAGCAUGCCGGAGGCCGAGUUCGUCAUUGACGACCAUGACCUGCAGAUAAUUGAAGUGGAUGGCGUCAGAACCAAGCCCAAAACCGUGAAAGUAGUCCGCCUAGCUCCCGGACAACGCCUCUCUGUGUUAGUCAAGGCCAAGCCAUCAUCCAACCUCAACUACAACUACCACAUCACCAUAAUGGGCGACUACUUGCCGUCUAUCCCCGGAAUUUUCCCGAUAACUCACACCUCCCCAAUCAUCUACAACAAUAAGAGCACAGAGUUUGCGCCCACAGCCAUGCCGCUGGCCUCUGAGCCAUUCGAUGAUAUUAACAUUGAAUCACUCGAGUAUCUCCCCGCACUUAUUGCUGACCGCUCCCUCUUCCUCAACCUAACCUCUGGCUUUACCGAAAAUGAAUACAGCCACCGCGAAUCCAUCAACUUCAAAGUGUACCGCGACCCAAUUGUCCCCACCAUGUUCACCGCCCUGACAACUCCGGAUUCCAUGGCGAUUAACCCAAUAACCUACGGCCCGCAAACCUCCGCCCAUGUUCUUAAAUACGACGAGGUUAUUGAAGUUCUCCUAUGGAGUCCCACAGAGCGUCCGCACCCAAUCCACCUUCACGGCCAUGUAUUCCAGGUGAUCGAGCGCGGAUCAGUCAAGGACAAAACCGGUGCAGCACGCAAAAUCGUACCACAACACAUUGCAGGUUACUCUCCGCUAAUGAGGGAUACUGUAAUGGUUGAUGUGGGUAAUUAUGUGGUUAUUAGAUUUAGGGCGGAUAACCCGGGUGUGUGGAAUUUGCACUGCCAUUUUGAUUGGCAUAUGGGCCAGGGAAUGAAUAUGCUGUUUGUGGAAGCGCCCAAACAGAUGAAAGAGAUUUUGAAGGUCCCCGAGCAGAUAGCCGAACAAUGCAGGAGGCAGGGGAUCCCUGUAGAGGGCAAUGUUGUUGGCCGAACUACUUAUAAUUAUGAUGGCGCUCCGGACUUGCCGCACCUGCAUCUAACCUCCCCAUUUGUCUAAAAACAAAUCUUGCUUUUUUUGUUUUUUGAGAAGAUAAUUUACACAUAGCUGUCAACUCAAGAUAAGCGAAAGCUAUAAUAAUAAUAAUAAUAAUAAUAAUAAUAAUAAUAAUAA